UAUCACUGAUUCAUCAAUGCAGUGUUGAAGAAUGUCCAGUUAAGGUUCUUGAAUUUUAAAGUUUUGUUAUUCUACUUUGCAUAGUCUCCUCAGGCAGGAACUAAAGAAAAGACGCUGUGCUGCUGGUUUUGCACCUCAGGUCCAAUUUCCUUAAGUGCCAAAAUUGAACGGAAGGGUUAUACUCCAGGAGAGUCCAUUCAGAUCUUUGCUGAAAUUGAAAACUGCUCCUCACGUAUGGUUGUGCCAAAGGCCGCCAUUUACCAAACACAGACCUUCUUUGCCAAAGGGAAGAUGAAGGAGAUAAAACAAUUAGUGGCCAACAUCCGAGGGGAGUCACUUUCUUCUGGCAAGACGGAGACGUGGAAUGGAAAGAUGCUGAAGAUCCCGCCUGUAUCACCCUCCAUCCUUGACUGCAGUAUCAUUAGAGUGGAAUACUCACUCAUGGUGUAUGUAGACAUCCCAGGAGCCAUGAACCUGUCUUUAAACCUGCCCCUGGUGGUUGGCACCAUCCCUCUCCACCCCUUUGGUAGCCGGACAUCUUCUGUGAGCAGUCAAUGCAGCAUGACCAUGAGCUGGUUAGGCCUCCCUGAGAGGCCUGAAGCUCCUCCAGCCUAUGCAGAGGUGGUCACAGAAGAACAGAGACCGAGCUGUCUGGAAGUGUCGUCAGGGCGGGAGAACUUUGAUGGCCCGCUAUUCGCCUACAUCCAGGAGUUCCGCUUCCGACCCCCUCCACCCUACUCUGAGAUUGAUCCAAAUCCAGAUCAAGACACAUCGGCCGCGGAGCAGAGACUCGACACCUGCCCGUCACGCUGAGAAAUGCAUGGCAUGAGUCCAAAGUGAUUGGGCUCUAGGAGUUUUCACUUUUGUUUAUCUCCCGAUGACAGCAAUUGUUCACUUUGCUGUCACCACAGAGAGAAAACAAACCUCUAUGGGAAAAUCCAGAAGUAAGGGUGCAGGAAGUCACUGGCAAAUUACUCGACCCAGAUAUUCGGCCCCCGUGGAUGGGACACGCCCCGUCGGACUAAGCCUGCAGAGCUUUGUCAAAGUUGUCACUUUUCUCAUGCUUUUCAGUAAAGGUUGACAAAGAACAUGCUGGCCUUGCCCGAGAUCUGAAGAGAAAUGCAAGAAAACACUACAACCACAACCAUUCACAGUACAGCUGAGAAACGUGUCAUCCUCUUGUCUCAGUUAUUUUUUUUAUUAUUUUUUUUUUUGCACAUGUUCCUUAUCCUCACUUGGGUUUUAAGAUCACUGAUUGUUUUAUUUCAUUUUAUUUUCAGCCUUUUGGACUAAGCAAUUGCAGGCUCUCGCUUGAGCCACAAACAACACAGAGAACUGAUUCCGAGGAAUAACAGGCUGACGUAAUGCACUGAUCUUGUUUAAGCUCUUUUUGAGGUCUGUAGUGUUCAUUGAUUGUGUUUCCUCAGUCGAUAAACUACUCUUGGUAACAUGCUGUUUUGACGCUCUUGCGACAUUGCCACACCAACUCAUAACCCGAGUGUGGCUUUUGAUUUAUUUUCUUCUGUUCACAUGGACUUUAUUUUCAGUUCUAAAUGUAGAAUGCCUUUAAGCCAAACAGGGUUUGCUUGGUGUUAAAUUUGUUGCACAUGUUGUUUGAUCAAGGAGCAACAGUCCAGCUCUUGCCGCUCAUGUGCGUGAUCAGAGCGGAGAGAUAAAACAGGGUGGGGUCCGGGCAGGCAGCCUGAAAAGUUUGUUGCCUUUCUGUUUAUAGUGUGUAGCAGUGCAGGCUUUAAGAUUGCACUGCUUGAAAAAAAAAACACUCAGUCUCAGGUGAUCUUCUCACUUGCCAAAUGAUGAAAACAAAAAUGGUGUAGAUUAUGUUGUGGUUGCACUGUUUCAGUUCAAGGAAGAAGUCUAUAGAAGGAAUAUCAGAUUCAAUAUUGAAAAACACAUUCAAUAAAGAGAGGAGGUAUGCACAAAGAUGCAAGGCAGCUUUCAAAGACUUAUGACAUUCCCUUUUUGUCCUGCUGCACCAGCAGCCAUAAUGUUUCUGCAGACCAGUGAAGCCAGAUAUGACCCAAAGGAUGGCACAGAUGCUUGAAAAGCCAAGCUGUAAAGCAACACAAGGACUCUGGAUCCUAUCCAGAGAUGUCCAAAUCCAGUUGAAAUGAGUUGUACAUUUGUUUUUAAAACUCAUUCAACUACAGAAGUAGUUUAGGCUCUGAUCAUGCUUGGCUUUCAUUAUUCUUUUCUGAAUUGAAACUAGAAAUCUGCUCAUGUCUGGUCGAGGUCUGGAGAAAGUUUAAACCGUUACCAAUGUAGAUAGUUGAAGUAGUGUUUUAAUUUGUAGAAUUAGUCAUAUGUGUGCAUGCACAGUUUGUGCAUUAUACAGUAGGUUCAUCUGUAACAUGAUGGGUUAAUGAUAGGGCAUUUUUUGGGGGAGCAAAGGGGUCUUAACAGUGGCCUUGAUGAAGAACUGAUCUUAACAUGCUUUAUCAUUUAUGUUGUCCUCACUAAUCAUCAUCCUAUUUUCUUUUAGUUUUAGAGAUUGCUGUUUAGUUUAAAAGGACAAAAAGGGAAAACCAAAAAGUCCUUCAAAGCGAGCGUUGAUCAUGCCACUUUUGAGUUGAACGGGUUUUGGAUUUGUUUUCAGUUAUUGGUUCUGAUGAUUACUGUUGGGCAUUCAGUGUUUGUUUUACAGGCAAACGACCAUUAGAUAAAUCCUGUCGUCUCGAUUAUUAUGGGAACAAUAGCUGCAGCACACCUUAGAGAAAUGGAUGACCCAUUUCAGAACUGAAGAAAAAAAGGAUCUGCUUCUCUGUUGUGUUUUAUAGUUUCAAAUUGAACCAAAAUUGGCCACUAAAGAAAGAAUAAGCUUAAAU